AUGCUUCCGCCAAUCCCGGUUCUUAGUGAUUACGGCAUCGAUCCUCAGCGUGGCUUCCUUCCCCCAGAACUACCCUUGACUUCUUUACCGGAUCCAUACUAUGCAAAAUGGGAGACUGUCAUUGAGAAAGUGCAGGCAUUGAUAUUGAGUCGGAGAAUUCGCACGAGUGUGGAGCGAUUGCCUGUGUUGUCCACUGCAUAUUUGCAUACAGAGGCAGAAUGGCAGAGGGCCUAUGUUGUGUUGACUUUGCUGUUGCAUGCGUAUGUCUGGGGUGGGGAUGUACCUGAAGAGAUAAUUCCUCCGCCCCUGAGUAUACCUCUUUUAGAGGUCUGCGAGCAUCUAGAUCUCCCCCCAGUCGCCACAUACGCCGCAGUAUGUCUAUGGAACUACAAGCCCAUCUUCCCCGACGAGUCAGCCGACGACCUCGACAACCUAGCCGUCAUCAAUACGCUCACAGGCUCUACCGACGAGCAAUGGUUUUAUCUCGUCUCCGUCGCAAUCGAAGCCAGAGGCGCACCCAUGCUUCCCCUGAUGCUCGAAGCCAUUGCCGCAGCACGCCGCGAUAACAGCGCGGUAGUCACAUCCUGUCUGCAAGAAUUAGCGCAAUGUAUUACCGAGAUCACGGUCAUAAUGCAACGAUUAUUUGAGCACUGCGAUCCUCAUGUGUUCUAUCACAAGGUCCGCCCUUUUUUGGCCGGAAGCAAGAAUAUGGGUGACGCUGGGCUGCCGAGAGGGGUCAUGUUUGAUGUCGGCACCGGCGCGACGGAGUUCAGACAAUACGGCGGCGGCAGCAACGCGCAGAGCUCUCUCAUCCAAUUCUUCGAUAUAGUCCUCGGCGUCGAGCAUCGCCCUACUGGCGUGGGUCGCGAUGGCGCUGGUGCACACAGUGACACUGAAGGUGUUGCGCCCAAACCACGUCACAACUUCAUCCAAGAAAUGAGACAAUACAUGCCACCUGACCACCGUCGGUUUUUGGAGCAUAUCGGCAGCGUGAGCAAUAUUCGGGAAUAUGUCGAUGCGCACCGAUCCGACAAAGCGCUUUGUUUGGCUUAUGAUGCCUCAUUGGCGAUGCUACGGGACUUACGCGAUAAACAUAUUCAGGUCGUUUCGCGGUAUAUCAUUGUCAAAUCGCGCGAACAAAGACGCAAUUCGCUCUCAAACCCUCAACCACCCACAACUACAACACGCCCAAUCGUCAACCUCGCAAACGUCAAAUCGGGCAACAACAAGAAACUCCGCGGUACAGGAGGCACAGCUUUGAUCCCAUUCCUCAAACAAGCGCGCGACGAAACCGGGGAACCGGCAAUCGAUGCUUGGGCGCGACGAUUACUCAGUAAUGGUCCCGCGGAUAGAAGUUUUGCGACGUUGGGCAAAGUCGGGGAGCAUGCGGAUGGGCAGAUUGAGAUUGUUGGUAUGGCGGGGACAUGGGCUAUGGAUGAGAGUGAGGGGGGGAUCUGUCAUUGGUAG